CACACAUGCGCCCAUAUGCAUAGACUCCGCUCUGCUCUUCCCCACACUGAGGCUGCACCUCGCGUCCCACACGCCCGGCUUCCACUGUCCACCGCCUACCAGCAAGGAGCCGCCAUGUUGUGUCUGCCGCAGCGGGCCUUUUUGAAAGGUUUAUCUCCUUUCAAGGCCCAUUGA